GGACUGAAGUGCUGGCCGCUGAUGCCGAGUGACAGCCAGGGGGAGAAAGAGGUCCUCCUCCACCGGAGCAGGAAGCUGCUGUUGGGACUGGCGGAGAAGACAGAGGAGCGCGAGCAGAUGUCCCGGGUGCAGUGGUGAAAACAAAAGCAGAGCGGGCCGUAUUUGUGCGCGGUGAAAAUGAAGGAGCUGAAGGGCUGCGGUAUGCGCUCCUCAAUGGGCUUUCUGUCCCGCAGAGAGCUCACUGGGCAGCCGCUCCUGAAGGAGGAAUUCCAGAGACGCAGGCUGGCAGGUUGCACCAGCCUCUACAAGAAGGAUAUGCUCGGACAUUUUGGCUGUGUCAACGCCAUUGAGUUCUCCAACAACGGCGGAGAAUGGCUGGUGUCUGGAGGAGAUGACCGCCGGGUGCUCCUGUGGCACAUGGAGAAAGCCAUCCACGGCCGCUCCAAGCCUGUGAAACUGAAGGGGGAGCACCUCUCCAACAUCUUCUGCCUGGCCUUUGAUAGCACCAACAAAAAAGUCUUCUCUGGUGGAAAUGAUGAACAGGUGAUUCUUCAUGAUGUGGAGAGGAGGGAAACACUGAACGUGUUCCUGCAUAUCGAUGCCGUGUACAGCUUGUCCGUCAGCCCGGUCAAUGAUAAUGUGUUUGCCAGCUCAUCCGACGACGGGCGUGUGCUUAUCUGGGACACUCGCGAGCCGCCUCAUGGAGAACCCUUCUGCUUGGCCAGUUACCCCUCAGCCUUCCACAGUGUGAUGUUUAACCCUGUGGAGCCCAGGUUGCUCGCCACGGCCAAUUCCAAGGAGGGUGUUGGAUUGUGGGACAUUCGCAAGCCACGCAGCUCACUGCUCCGCUAUGGAGGCAGCAUGUCCCUGCAGAGCGCAAUGAGCGUUCGCUUCAACAGCACCGGCACCCAGCUGCUGGCUCUGCGACGCCGCCUGCCACCCGUCCUCUACGAGCUGCACUCCCGCCUUCCCAGCUUCCAGUUCGAUAACCAGGGCUACUUCAACUCAUGCACCAUGAAGAGCUGCUGCUUUGCUGGGGACAAGGAUCAGUACAUCUUGUCUGGGUCAGAUGACUUCAACCUCUACAUGUGGAAGAUCCCAAAGGACCCAGAAGCAGGAGGCCCUGGUCGUGUUGUCAACGGAGCUUUCAUGGUCCUGAAAGGUCACCGCUCCAUAGUCAACCAGGUCCGUUUCAACCCUGACACCUACAUGAUCUGCUCCUCUGGCGUGGAGAAAGUCAUCAAGGUGUGGAGUCCUUACCAGCAACCUGACAGUCUGGGAGAUCUGGAGGGACGUGUGGAGGACAAAUCCCGUAGCCUCUACAGUCAUGAGGAGUACAUCAGCCUGGUGCUCAACAGCGGCAGUGGUCUGUCCCACGAUUAUGUCAGCCAGUCUAUCCAGGAGGACCCGCGCAUGAUGGCGUUCUUCGACUCGUUGGUGCGUCGGGAGAUUGAAGGCUGGAGCUCAGACUCUGACAGCGACCUAAGUGAAGAGGCCAUCAUGCAGCUCCACGCCCGUGGACGUCGCUCCACACGAACCACACCAACAACUCCUACCGCUGCCUCUGCUGUGGGUCAUCACAGUGACUCUGAUAACUCCUCCUCUUCCUCCUCCCUGGCUGGACCCGAUGCUUCAGGAGGGGAAGAGCAAGCUGGAGAUGAGGGGGAGGAGCGGCCCAGGAGACGAAGCAGACAUCAGCGCCAUCAGUCUGGCUUCCUGGUGAAUGAGGAUUCAGACUCCAGUGAAUUCUGGCUCGACCCAAUGCCCCGGCCUCGAUCCCCAAGCCCCAGAGACAACUCCACGCUUUCCAGCCCCACCUCCUCUCCCUCAUUUCCCGCCGGAGCCUCUAGCUCCUCCACAUCCACUUCCAGUUCCAGCAGCGACGACGAGGAGCGCCGCAGCGCUGUGAGGCGGCGCAACGUCAUGAGGCGACGACGCAUGCAUGUUGUCUCCAGAGCUGGGGAUCGACCAGAGUCUGUACAAGCUCUCUUUUCCGCCAUCGACUCUUGCAGUUACCCAUCAAUCUCCAUCGAUGACCUGUCUUCCUCUUCGUCAGGCGAGGAACAAAACUCCCUCGACAUCAAGCCCCGAACUGGCGGCGCCAGAGAGGAGGAAAAAUGUCUGAGCCCUUCUGACUUUGUGUGUCUGAGCCCAGUAAUGUCCCCUGGGAGCCAAGAGAAUGAGGAAGGGAGUGACAGGACUGAGCUGGAAAGACAUCCAGCUGGAUCUCCUCAGUCACUGGAUGCAUGCAGGACUGAAGGGAGGGCUGCUACAGAGUCAGUUUUAGACAGCUCCGAUAGCGGAGAAGUGUGUGGCAGCUCAGCGGCUGUAGACAGCACCCCUCAGAGCCGACGUAGCCCCGGAGUGAACGGGCAGCACCGGACUGUGGCACCAGCAGGGGAACACAUGACUGAGAGCCCCCAUGUUUCCUCAGACUCAGAGGAAGAGACAGGUGUUCCACCUGAAGACAAAAGGUCACGGCGAGAAAAAGGCCCCGCACAGAGCGCUCUAAAGCGGACUCAUGUGGGAUCAGACGAAGCAGAGUCGGGUUCCUCGCCCUCAGAAAAGAAGUUAAAAACAUAAUGAUGCUUUUUCUCACCCUGGAAAGAAAUCAAACUGUUAAGAGACUUCAUUUAGGAAGUGGGUUUUCUAUGCCUUUUUACAACUCAGCUCUUUUCGUUUUUCUGUCUUGUCAUGUGACACAAACUCAACGCCGCUUACGAGCAGAAGACGCUAAGCAGUUUAAAAAAAAAAAAAAAAAAAAGAUGGCGUGUUAGUU